AUGAGAUUGAUGAAGAUUAUUACAGAGUUGAUGGAGAAUCGUUGCACGGGUGUGGAAGAAACUCCAAGCAAUUUGAAGAGCGAUUUUUGUUUUCUGUGUGUUGUAGAAAUAAUCGUUGAAGAAGAUAACAGAGUUUAUGCAGUGAGAGUGCAGGGAGAUUUUUUUGAGGAUUUUCCUGGGCUUGAAGAUGGCAAUUAUGUUUUCUUUACUUGCAACAUCAAUUCCUAUUACACCCGAGGAAGAGCAUUAUCCAGUGUUAUCCAUCUCAGUAUCAAGGAAUCUGAAACAAGUGUCAUAUUUGACUUUGAAGAGGAACAACUAUCAUUUACUGCCAAUACCUAA